AUGUUUAAGCCUACCCACAUAAAUUACAGUGUGCUCAGCAAGCGCACCAAACGUGUAACAGUACAACUUCUGAGAGACUUCCCGAACUUUCAAUUCUAUGAGGGACAAGUCAUUAAAGUCAAGCCUUCAGUGAUGAUUAACUAUUUGCAUCGUGGGAAUGGAGCACGUUAUAUCUUGAAAGAUUCAGAUAUUGACACAUCGUUGUUAAAAUAUAGUCAAGAUCAAGAAAACUUAAGACAAUUGGCUAAACAAAAAUCUAUUGAGCAAGAGCAACGGUCUAUUAUGAUGCAACAACAAGAUGAGUUGAAAAAAGUCCAAAUGGCCAAAGAAAAGAGCAAGAUUUUAACCAGGAGGAUCGGUUUAAAAGACGUUUCUAUUCCUGGGCUGAAUAUUUAA